AUGCGAUCGUUAUUGAUUUUUUGCUUGUUCUUAAAAGGGGUUUAUGUUGAGGAUCGUGAUAGUGAGAAAUGGUUUAGAACAGGGUUAUCCACUUCAAUUGGCAAUAACCGUCUUAUUACUGCUUCAAACUUGAAGGAACCCCAGUUUUAUGCGAAUUCUUCACCUGGACCGUCAUCUCCAACUCCUUACGCAUCAAGCUAUGCCUCACUUCCAAAUCAUUCUCGUAUACCAAGGCUGCAGAAGAAUACAGGUAAAGGGAGAGAAUUACCAAGAGAAAAGUUGGCUUGCGCAGUAGGUGAUUUAGACAGUACGUCGGUAGCUAAUUACAAAGCAGGGUCUGACCUACGUACAUCUCACGGUAGUCGGGACGACGAAUCUUCUGCUGUCUCAAAAAGCGGUCGAAGAGUGACAUCUAGAGGGUUAUCACAAAAUAAGACUGCUUUUACCAGGUUGACCGUUGGAGGGAAAGAAAGUUUACCUUGUUUUAUUGACAAUUCUUCUCGUAAAGAAGGCCCAGUUCGAGAAUUUCUUGUUAAGGAGAUAGCUGGUCCUCAUUUUUUUGGUGGUCACUUUCAUGAACCGCACCACAAGACUUGCAAGAGAAGCGCUAAUCAACAGUGUUUCUGCCAUUAUGGUGGAGGUGAGCCCAAAAUUGAUGUUAUCGUUAGAAGUAAUCGGAAGGAGAUGGAAAGAAUUAAUUGGUCUGAAAUACCGUUACAUAUUUCAUUUGACGAGUGA